AUGGAGAUCAAAGAAAUCACGGCGGAAACGCCACCAAAAGCUGCUGUGUUCAGCGCAGUGGUGAGCAUCGUGUGCCUGUGUAUCAUGGCUAUCACCAUCCCGGUCAUGAUCUACCGUUUGGAUGCUGCUCAUGCUGACAUUGAGAGCAGGAUGAAUGCUUUCAAGGUACAUUUUUGAUGACUUUUUCAUAUCGACUAACUAUUAUAAAGAAGGUUUUUAUUAUACUGACAGUAAUAGAUAUAACAGUGAAAAGCCAUUUGGACAUUACGAGAUUAUACAGUAUUUUGAAGCAAUAUUACGAUAACAUAUUAUAGUACACUUCACGUGGAAUUUGGCAAGACAUUCUCAUCGUCAAGUCCGGAAACCGUGCCAAACGUCAAGGCUACGGAGCAAACCCAAUGGACGAUGCGGCUAAUGGACAGUGUACCAGCUGCGUUCAACUUCAUUGCCCACCUGGUCCGCCCGGACCUCCUGGAGUUGAUGGUGAAGACGGACAAGAUGGUCUGUUGGGACGUCCAGGAAAGCCCGGUCUUGAUGGUCUCGACGUUCCUUUGGAGCCUGAGCCAGCUUUUCCAUGGUACGUUUAUAUUUUGCUUUUCAAUGCAAAAUGUUUGCACAUAACUUUAUGUAGUGUACUGUAGUUUUUUAUUAAGUUUUGUAUACUGUAACAUGUUUUUACAUAUUUUGUAUUUUCGGCAGCCAUCAAUUUCUAUAACUGAUUUCAGCGUAAUUUGCCCAGCUGGACCACCCGGAAACCGCGGACCACAAGGAGAACAAGGUCGUACCGGAGUACCUGGUGAACCAGGUCUGCCAGGCUUGCCUGGUCGACCAGGAAAACCGGGUCGAGUUGGAGAUGCCGGCUCACCCGGUGAGCCAGGAGAACCGGGAGAGCCAGGAAUCAAAGGACCACCAGGAGACGACAGCAUCGGUGGUACCGGUAUCAAAGGACCACCAGGACCAGUCGGCCCACGUGGACCAAAGGGCCCUCCAGGACCAAACGGUCUUCCGUCUAACAACCCGGGACCACCAGGACAAAUCGGAGAAACCGGACCACCCGGUCCACCAGGCAAACGUGGAGAACCCGGACCACCAGGACCUGUGGGACUGCCUGGAGAGAGUGGUGAGCAAGGUGGACAUUGUCCUAGCUCAUGCGGAAUCCAAGAGAUCGUCGCUCCUUCGGUCGUGGAGUUGGAUACUGGAAACGGUGGUGGCUACGGUAAUGGCGGCUACUCUAACGGUGGCUAUGGAAAGAAGUAA